AUGGAAAUAAUAUCAACAGAUCAUGAAAAACCAAACGGAGCUGAAACAACAUAACUUUUCAAUGUCGAGCUGAAAUUUCUUACUUUCUUCAAUCGAUACGUUGGUGCAAAUGCAAAACUAGUUUACGCAAGUAUCGUUGAGAGAUGGCAGUUCCUAGGAAUAGUAAAUUACUUCAGUAUAUAAACUAUCGUUUGCGUGUUUCUCUAGACGAUCAAAGAGUUAUCGUGGGACAACUUCUUGCUUUUGAUAAGCACUUGAAUCUAGUGCUGAACGAUUGUGAGGAGUUUCGAAAGCUGAAAAAGCAGGAUAAAGAAGAGAAACGUGCUUUAGGUUUGGUUCUUCUUCGUGGCGAAAGUGUGAUUACGAUGACCGUGGAAAGUCCACCACCGGAACAGACCACAAGAAAGCCAGCACAACGAGGACCGGCGCCAACUGGUAGAGGUUUUCCAGCUGGAAGAGCUAUGCCCAUGGCACCACCACCUGCUGCAGUACCUGCAGGUUUAGCGGGUCCAGUAAGAGGAAUUGGUGGACCUCCACCUCCUCAAGGUCGAGCAGUUGCUCCAACAAUUGGAAGAGGAGCUGCUCCUAUGCCACCUCCUCCCGGUGUACCGCCUCCUGGUUUUCCACGAGGACCUCCACCUCCAGGUUUUGGUACUGCACCUCCUGGCUCGUUUCCACCUACACAACCACCUACUUCAAUGAGCAACGCAAACACUUCAGUGCAGUCACCUCCUCAACCUUUCACAGGGCAACAAAACAGUGCCGGAGGCACACAAGAUCACAGUUAAAAAGUUGAGUACAAUGGCUAUGGGAAUAGAGUAUUAUAGACGGCAUAAGUUUAUUUGGA